AGUACAUCCUCCAUCCAAGAUGUCUUGUAAGAAGAGAUGCCGACUUGAAUGUGGAAGAUGGAUUUGGGUUUAGAGCUGAUGAUAUUGCAAAGAGGGUUGGAAAUCUGGAAUGCAGUGACAUCAUAGAAAACCUACGGUUCCAACGUAGUCAACAUCUCAGCUAUUUAGCAAAGAAGGGGAACCUGACUCCAAGAGUUAUCUUCCCAUCUGACUUGUGUAUUGUUGACAGCGAUGGGUUGACCCUAGUCAUGGUUGCCUCAAAAGCCAACCGCUGUGAUAACCUUAUGGUUUUAUUGCACAGUAUGAAAUGUCCAAUUGAUGCUCAAGAUGCAAAGUUUGGACGAACUGCACUGUCUUGGGCAGCUAUGUCAGGAAAAGCCGAUGCAGUUCAGAGUUUGCUAAGAUACAGUGCUCAUCCAGGAAUUAGAGAUGCAAACGGAAUGUUGCCACUUCACUAUGCUUGUCUUCAUGGACAUGUACAGUGUGCUCAACUGAUUGUCAGUACCACUAAGGGGCUCACGGGUCUUCAAACAGCAAAGAAGUAUGCAGAGAAUCCUGAAAUCUGUAGUAUAAUUCACGAGGCAAUAUAUCGCCGCCAGAAAAGUAUCGUUAAUCCAACACUUUUUGAAUGUGCAAUGAAUGGCGAUGCUGACCGUCUCUAUAGUACUCUUGAAGAUGGGGACAAUGUCAACCCAUUAACUGGAACAGGGGACUGGCCAAUGUACAUGGCUGUUGGAAAUAGACACAUCAAAGUCAUGCAGCUGUUAUACAUGAAUGGGGGAGAUAUAUGGAGUCAGCACCAAACUACUGGGUCUACAGUGCUACAUAUUGCAUGUUCGAGGGGCCUGUAUGACAUUGUGUCGUAUCUUCUGAGGUUUUCACCUGUCCAGACCAGCAGUAAUUCUAACUGUGAAGAUAGACAGAUAGACAUAAAUGCAGUGAACCACUUAGGUUUGACAGCCCUACAAGUUGCUGCUGCAAAAGGAUUUAGUCGCAUUGUGAAACUUCUGUUGACACAUGAUGCAAGUUCAGCUCUUGUCAACUCUCAAGGACAACUCUACAGGUGUUGUGAAUUUGAAGGAGUUCAAGUUCUUAUUGAGCGUAGUCAACGAAGACGGGCAGAAGAGAUUGUGAAAUACAUAAAAAGCUCCAGUAGCCUCGAUCAGCUCAUCAAAGUUUGGCAGGGGAAAUUUGACCAUAAUCUUCGAAAUCGAAAUGGUGAUACCCCACUGAUGGUUGCAUGCUUGUACGGAAAAACAGAGGCAGUUGAAUUUCUUCUCAGGUCAGCCAUUCAAAUUGUGGAGGAGAGAGAACAAGACAUAGACUUGUCAUUGCAAAGUAAAGGUGAACAGAAUGAUUGCUUUGUUGAUUCUGGAGCAUUUGAUGGAGUCAGUCCUGGAUAUCCCAGCUCAAAUAACAGAAGCUUUGUAAGUGUCGACAAAUAUUGUGCAGAACAGGAUACAUGGUCCUCAGUGACUGAUCUGAGUGAUCAAGAUAGUGAACCACAUGGACAUCCAGAAAAACAGUGCAGAAUGUUUUCAUCUGACCUGAAAGGUUUUUCUUCUUCAGUCAACCUCCAAAGUAGAUAUUUGGCAAAGUGCAACAGCUAUGAUGCAGAAUCACUUGAUUCAGGUGAUGACACAUACAAAGGUCCUUUCCACUGUCCUACAAGUAAAAAAGCAUCAUUGUACAGGAGGAAUGCCUUUAGUUCAAGUGACUUAAAUAUGCAGCAAAGCAUCAGUGAUCUUAGAGAAAAGAACCAUGCUUCACCCAGACCUGCCUCACUGGAUCCAAGUUCAUGCAAAAUAUUUCAAGGUACCCGUGUAAAUCAUCUCUGCGCAGUCAACAUGCGAGAUGGUUGUGCAGCCAUACAUCGGGCAGUCGAAUGCAUAGAUGAGCAGAAAGGUGUAACAAAUCUGCUUCUGCUGAUAGCAAAGGAUUGCUCUGUCAUCAAUUUGCAAAAUUUUCAAGGUUUAAGUCCACUUCAUCUAGCAGCAAAGCUGGAGAGAAAACAAAUCGUGAAAACCUUAACGAAUCUAAAAAGUGUAGACCUGAAUUUGCGAUCAUCCAGUGGUAAACUUCCAGAAGAUAUGACGAGAUCAAAGAAAAUACAUCACCUGAUACAAGAUGCUCGGCAACAUUGGAAAGAACAUAGACCUCUUGCACAAAUGGAAAAGCUUCCCAUGUCACCACACGGUAGUGUUGUGGGGACCAGUAUUGACUUUGACAAACUGGAGAAGAGGUUUGAACAACUUAGGAAUAGCAACAAUUGUGACCCUUAACAACCAUUGAAAGGGUGUCCAAAAUGAAGCCAAGGAUACACAGUUGUGGAAUGCAAUAACAGGAGCCAAAGUUCAACCGCGCUUAUUGCUGGGACUUCCAGUUCAAUAAAGUGCUUUGAAUUUAGUAUAAUUUGUGAACAUUUUAAGUGGUACAUCCAAUUUCAUGUAAUCUUAAUACUUGUUCAUGGAUAAAUUUUAUAGUAAGGAAGGCUUACAUACUGUGUAUUACUUCCUCAUCCUUCUUUUCACACAUACAAAUAUGGAAGGAUCAGGAGAUCAGAGACCAUG